AUGCAUUUCCUGAAAGGCCUCCUUCUGUCUCUGCUGCCGGCAGCUGCCCUCGCAGCCAAAAAGCCGGUUGUAGACAAAUUCAGCCAGUUCCAUACGAAAGCUCUUGCAUCCACCCCACUGAAACUCGACGAUUCGGUCUAUGCGAAAUUGACAGCUGCCCCUAGAAACUACUCUGUAGUUGUGUUGCUGACAGCUAUGGAAGCUCGUUUUGGAUGUGCUCUCUGCCGCGAAUUUCAACCGGAAUGGGAUCUCUUGUCCAGUAGCUGGACCAAAGGGGACAAGAAGGGUGACUCCCGGCUCGUCUUUGGAACCUUAGACUUUGUGGAUGGCAAAAACACCUUUCAAUCUCUUGGUCUCCAGACUGCCCCAGUCCUUCUAUUCUUCCAGCCAACUGUUGGCCCUCACGCUAUUCCCGACAAUGGCCCAAUAAGAUAUGAUUUUACUAGCGGGCCUCAAUCCGCAGAACAAGUCCAUUCCUGGAUCGCCCGUUACCUUCCUGAUCGACCACAUCCCCAAGUCAAUCGACCUAUCAAUUGGGUGCGUGGUAUUGCUAUCACCACCACCAUAUUAGCAACAAUAACCUUCCUGAGUGUCGCUUGGCCAUAUAUGGUGCCAAUCAUACAAAACCGGAACGUUUGGGCGGCAAUCAGCUUGAUUGCCAUAUUACUUUUUACCACUGGACACAUGUUCAACCAUAUCAGAAAAGUUCCAUAUGUUACUGGUGAUGGCAGAGGAGGCGUGAGUUAUUUUGCAGGAGGCUUCUCCAAUCAGAAUGGCCUCGAAACUCAAAUUCUAGCGGCUAUAUAUGGCCUCCUCUCAUUCGCCACCAUUUCACUGGCGCUCAAGGUCCCACGCAUUACCGAUCCCAAGACUCAGCAGGUUGCUGUGAUAGUUUGGAGCGGCGUCAUCUUCGUCAUGUACAGCUUCUUGCUUAGUGUCUUCAGGAUGAAGAAUGGUGGUUAUCCCUUCUGGCUGCCACCUUUCUUCUAG